AUGGCUGUUGAAACGUAUUCCGCCGCUCGCCAGGCGCAGCACGCCUGUUCCGACGCAAACCACACGGCUGCCGCGAUUGAGAAGCCCUUGACGGGCGACUGGUCCGGCGUGCAGCGAGUCUCAAGCAAGCUACCGUACCAUGAUGAUCUCAGCGAACGUACUGUUCUCGGAAUCGUUGAGCUCUUCAAGCGUAUGAAGGGCCUUGGGAGCCUGUACCCCGACCCCGUCAACGGGGCCAUCUUUAACCAGCUUUUCGACCUUGUCACAACCUCUAAGACUACCAAGGCGCAGGAAGAAAAGAUUAUGACUGACGCACGUGUGACUACAAUUCUCCCAGAGCUUCGUCAAAUUUGGGGCGAUGGCGAGUACCUCCUUGAGCUUGAGUUUGCUCGCAAAGUCAUCAGUGGAGGCUCAAGGGCAGAGUGCCAGCAGAUGUUCAAGUCGUUUCCCUACCUGGACCAAUACUACCAGUUGGCGCGCAUGGAGGCCAAUACACUCGACACAGCUAUUGGCGAGACUCAGCUCUCAUACCCCCGCAAGAUUGCAUUCCUCGGCUCGGGCCCUACGCCCUUUACUGCGCUCUGCAUGAGGCCGAGGCUGGGCGAUAACGUAGAGAUUCUCAACAUCGACCGCAGCGAAGAGGCUAUUCAGCAUGGAGCCCUUGUAGCCCGUUGCCUUGGCGAUAAUAUGCGCUUUGUUAAGGCUGACGUAGCCUCAGUGCCCAAUGACCUCCAGGACUGCGACGUAGUGCACUUUGCAGCCCUUAUUGGUGGGGAUGAGGAGCAGAAACUUGACCUGCUGCUUUGCGUUGCGAGGGCUAUGAAGAAGGGCGCCCUUAUUAUGCUACGGAGCACCGACAGCCUUAGGCAGUGCCUUUACCCUAAAAUCGACACGGACAACUCAGACGUGCUGGACGUCUUGACCCCUGUUGUUGCAACACGGUAUUUUGGGAAGUCGACCAGUUUGACAAGCAUCGUUCUUGUCGUCGACUAA